AUGAUAGGCGUUCUCAUGUUUCUGAACUCCAGGGGAGAUGUCGUUCUCUCCCGCACGUUUCGAGAUGGGUACAGUGUUCGAGGACUCGCGGAGGGCUUCCGCAACCAACUUAUAUCCACCAAAGUGGUUGACCGUAGUCCUAUCAACAUUGUGGAUGGUGUCUGCUACGUGCAUGUGCGAUUCCACGACAUGUACCUUGUUCUUGUGUCCAACGGGAACGUAAACUGCUUCACAUGCCUGCAGUACGCAUUGCAACUUCUCGACAUCUGCAAUGUCUACUUUGAGAACGUUGAAGAAGAUACGCUCAAGGACAAUUUCGUUGCAUUACAGCAGCUGAUUGACGAAACAAUGGACUUUGGGUACCCCCAGACCACAGAAGUGGUGCUUCUAAAAUCCUUCCUUAACGCCAAGGGCAUCGAUAUUACACUAAUGAAGAAACCACAAGAAUCCCAACGGGUAACGGCCCGAAUGACGAAAAAGAUGCCAUGGCGGGAAAAGGGCCUGUGGUAUCGUGCCAACGACUUGUUUGUGGAUGUUUUCGAGGAGUUGCACGUACUGGUGACGCAGACAGGGCAGGUGCUGGAGAACAGCGCGGUAGGACGCAUGGUGGUAAAAAACUUCCUAUCCGGUAUGCCCGAGUGCCAACUCGUGCUGCACGACAACUUUGCCCCUGAGGACGCCUUCUACCACCCGUGCGUGCAGGUCACUCCGGGGCGGGGAAUCAACUUUGUGCCGGUGGACGGCGUCUUUGUGCUGAUGUGGUACCGCACUGCCAUGCACUCGCCACCCCCGCUGAAGGUGCUGCACGCCCGUGUAAAGGAGGUGUCGAAGACCCGCACAGAGAUGGAAUUCGGGUUGAAGUGCGAGAUGCCCGACGGGAUGUGCUGCACCGAGGUGGAAGUGCGGGUUCCAUGCCCCGCAAACACGGCGGAUGUGAGGGUGAAUGUCGAAAGGGGUAGUGCGCGGUUUGACGGCGUAAAGCACGCCAUUAUCUGGAAGCUGCCGACUGUCACGCAGAAGGACGCGGAGAUGCUGCUCAGCGCGGAGAUUGUGCUGCUUGCUUCGACUCUCGCCCAGUCCGACCAGAUGUGGUCGCGACCUCCCAUCAAGAUUAGUUUUUCGACGCCCUCUCGAGCGCUUAGUGGUUUCCACGUGAAGGAGCUCCGAGUGGAAGAGCCGGAGCUACGCUACACGCCGUCCAAGUGGAUUCGCUACGCGACAAAGGCUGGUCAAUACGAGUGGCGACUGUAG